UCAUUCUUCGCUCUAUCAGCUUUCUGCUCACUUUCACUGCGUUUAUUACCUUCCAAGUCAAGAUUGAGAAGCAUGCCUACUCAACGAUCGACUUUACAAUUACGUAUUUAAUGUUUGUGACCGCUAUUUUUCUCGAGUUUUAUGUUUUUUUAUGCCUUGUUUUCUCUGACUGGACAAUGAUCUGGUUGACUAAUGAAGGAGGGAACGCCCUGACUAGUGCUCUUUAUUCUCUGAUAAGGAACUAGAAGCGAGAAGUGGUCGAGAUCCAUAGCACAGUAUAACCUGAUAAGCUCUUCCAUUGAAAGCAAGCCACCUAAAUGCUUGGAAUUUCUGGGAAUCGAUGAACUGAUGAAGCAGAUGAAUGUGAAUCGGAAAGAUAUUAAUGGUGGACUACAGGAUUUUAUUUUCGGACACCUCCAAAAGAACUCUCUGAAGAUUAAGGAAGAUUUCAAUUUCAUUGAUAAGAAUUUCAGAAGAAAAAUAAUUAGUCAGAGAGGAGAUGGUGCGCUGGAAAGAGAGGGACUGUUACAGGACUUGAAGUGGAGCACAACUGAAAUGGAAUUCAUUCGAAGCAUUCUUGUCUGGCAUCUCGCAACAGAGAUUUGUUACUGUGUUGAUAAAGAUGCAAACAAUGUCUCCUCAGAAUAUAAAACAAGCAGAUUUCUAUCUGAAUACAUGAUGUAUCUUUUGGUAAUAAGACCAGAUACGCUAUCCCAAGGAAUCGGUGAUGAGGGAUAUCUACAUUCCUUGCGAGACUUGGAUAGCAUCAUAAGUAAGGAGGAAGCUCCCACUAAAAGCCCGGCGACAAGCAGGGAAGAAGUUGUAGAUGCAAUUCUGUUCUACUAUGAAUCAUUUGUUAUUGAUGAUAUACGGUUUCAAUUUCGCUGGAAAGAAACCAAGUCAGCGGUAGCUGGUGGGGAUAGGCUCGCCAAGCAAUUGCGUUUGCUGGGAUUUAAGAAGCGAUGGGAGAUAAUCGAAGAAGUUUGGAUGGAAAUGCUUGCUUAUGCACCAGCUCAUUGUCCAUGGAAAGAACACGCUCAACAACUGAGAAGAGGUGGAGAGUUGCUGACCCAUGUCUGCUUUCUCAUGCUACAUCUUGGUUUGAGCGAACAGUAUGAAUACAAUUCAUUCAAAGACUACAAUUCAUUAAAUGAUUACAUACGUGGUCAUGAUCUGUUAUUGCCAUGGGAGGAAGAAGAAUAUCGUGGGGCCAUUAAUAGAUAUCUGAGAGGUAAUGCAGACAUGUCACUGUCAAGUUCCAAUGAGGAGGUGAAAGAAGUGAAAAGGAUGGUAGCAUAUAAAGACGAAGAGCUUGAGCGUAAAGACCGAGAGCUUGAGCAGUUGAGGUCUUUUUUAGUUGCAUCAACUCCAUAGCAUAGGAUUCAUGCUCUUUAAGGAGGUUCACCAGCAUGCACAAACUGAUGAUCAAGGGAUUAUUCAAUCUUUAUCAAAUUAAUAAUAAGAUGAGUUUAGUCUUCAAGUAAGAGUACUAUGUUAUAUCCAUAGUCAGAAAGAACAUGAGCAAAACAUUUGUGUUUAUCAAUUGAAGAAUA